CGGCGCUGGCGCUGGCGCUGGCGCCGGCAGCAGCCCCGCACUCCGAGAUGAGCUUGCCGUACAUGGCCACCGCGGUGGCCGAGGCUGCGGGCGGCGGCGCCCGCCCCCGGCACCACGCAGCCGCCGACCGCCACGCCGACGAGCACCACUACGAGGAGCGCGCGGCGGGCAGCUCUCUGCUGGGCGAGGAGGAGAGCCAGUGGACGCUGGAGCACGACAGCGGCCGGCGCGCGUUUGAUGAGCUUUCCUGCGAGCCGACCUCGCCCCUCGACGGCUGCCUGCCCUGCACCGCCGACGAGAGCACGGAGCAGUACUGCAGCGUGAGCGGCUACCGGCAGGAGGUGCGCUGCAUAAGCGACAACAGCACCGACUCGGGGCGCGAGGCGAGAGGCCCGUUCCUCGCCUACCACAGCUGCCUCCAGCGCGAGUCCGACCUGCAUGGCCUCGCCCGCUUCGAGUUUCUAAUGGUGUGCUUGCUUGGCGCGUCGCUGUCGGUGGUGCGGAGGCGGAAGCGGCGGCUGGAUCGUAUCCAGCACGACCGCAUCCAGCAGUAUUUACGCGACUGAGGAGAGGAGCUUGGGGCUGCUGGGAGAGCUCAGCCUCAGACUCGAGGCUCUCGAAGCUUGCCGUGCGAUCGAGUGGAGAUUCGAACAUAGGACACGAACACGACCCGACACGCUCCUCCUAUUUCUCUAACCCAACCCAACACAGGACAAGUACAAGUACAUGCGCUACUGUUCCGGGUUUCGUAGCUAGCAAAAAAGGAGCAUACUCAGCUCGUCCGC